UUUGAAUCGCAUGGUGGACUCGGUCGGCUUCGUGUCUCGUGUGGGCCGGCAAACUGAGAUUUUCGAAAUACGAGUUUUGUGCACGUGUGUGGCAAUUACGAAUCGCCCGAACACCCACCCCGCUCCCCUUUACUCAACUUGCAUUCAUAGCCAUAUUCCAUUUGCCCGCAUUUCCCCGCCGCAAUGUCCAAGCGGACGUCGUGUUGAAAGCGCCCAAUGUAAAUAUGCGCACACAAGCAGCCACAUAAAUUAAAUGCAUUUAAAUCCGCAAAAGAUUCAAACUAAAGUCAAAAUACUACAAUAAUUACGGCACAAUAUUCCCAGCACAAAGCACUCGCACACACACACACACAAGCACGCACACACAAAUACAAAUAUAUAUAGUGUGCCAUUACAGGGAAAUGUGCUGUGGCGACAUCUGUUAUACGACGUGUGUGUGAAUUCCAAUUUCCGCUCGAAGCGCAGACUUUAAGCAACCUUCAUCCGGUUUUUUCAGUUUUUUUUUGUGUUCUGCUCUGUUCUGGGUUUCGAUUGCGUCAUUUUUAAUUAAGUUGUUUCUUUUGCGAAAAUCCCAACCAUUUUGCGGAAGUUUUUGGAGAUUUUUAAAAAGCGCCUAAUCACAGAGUUAAGCUAGCUCGUAAAUGUUUGAUGAGCAGUGGGAAUGAAAGUAAAAACCAACUAUCGGAAAAUAUAAAGGGAAAUUUAAUUAAAACUCAAAAGAAUUCGGAUGAUUAAAAUUGUUGGCACGAAGUAAAGCGCCUGUUGCAAGCAAAACAAAACAACAACAAAUAAUAACAAUAAUAAUUUAUCAUACUUGUAUGCAGUGCGAGGCAUGAAAACUCAUGAAAAUUUCAUAGCUAUGUGAAAACUAUGGGAAAAUGCAUUAAUAAAAUCAUGUGUAAAUAUGGCAACAAUUUGGAUGAAACUGAAAACUGAGCAGCGCUGUCACAACUGCAGCUCCAGAAGCAAAAAACUAAGCAUGGAGGCCACCGACUACGCAGGACUUGCCGGCUGCACAAUGCUCGCCUUUGUUCUAUACUUGAACACAUUAAACGCCGGAUUUGUCUACGAUGACAGGCGCGCCAUCUUGGGCAAUGCGGAUGUAACUGGAGCCGGGCCGCUGGCUCAGCUGCUGCAAAAUGAUUACUGGGGCACACCGCUGACGGACAGCGGCUCCCAUGGCUCCUGGCGUCCGUUGUGCGUGCUGAGCUUUCGUCUCAAUUUCCUGCUGGGCAGCGGUGCUGCCUUUCCAUUCCAUCUGAUCAACCUCCUGCUGCACGGCCUGGCCACCGCUCUGGUCGUACUCGUGGCACGCACCCUGUUGCCCACACGUGCCGGCGUUUGGGCCGCCAGCGCUCUGUUUGCCGCCCAUCCCAUUCACACGGAGGCCGUUGCAGGCGUUGUGGGUCGCGCGGAUUUGAGCGCCUGCGUUUGCAGCCUGUUCGCCUACUUGACCUAUCGCCGCCACAUGCUGCUCAGGGAUUGGCGCUCACUGGCAGUUACACUGCUUGCGGCUUUGGCCGCGCUGCUAUGCAAGGAGACGGCCAUUACGACGCUGCUGCUAUGCGGACUAUGCGACGUGCUGUGCGGACUGGGACUGAAACACGCCGGAGAUGACAAGCACCGUCUGCGCUCUCUGUCCAUUUUAAGCAUUGCUCUGCUCUGCGCCGUGUAUUGUCGCCUCAGCAUUGUGCCACGCCCCACUGUUGCCUUCUCAGCCGCCGACAAUCCGACCGCCCACGAGUCCUGCUGGUGGACACGCACACUCUCCUUUCUGUACCUGCCCGUGGUGAACCUUAAGCUGCUGCUCUGGCCACAAUACCUAAGCUUCGACUGGGGCAUGGAGGCCAUACCGCGCAUCAGGACGCUGUGGGAUUCGCGCAACGUGCUCAGCGCUGGCUUUUAUGCCACGUUGCUGGCCGUGAGCUGCAAGUGUAUACGAUUGCGCUGCAGUGCGCCCAGAUCCUCCAUGGACUAUGCAGCUGUGGCAAGCAUUUCGCUGCCGCUGCUGCAGCGCCUGGGCGGCAACAGCUGCCAGGCAUGGCAUGGACUCGUCUGCGGCUGCCAUCAUCAGCUGAAGCAGCAGCGAUCACCGCAGCAGCCGAGUGCCUCAGUUAUGGGCACAAGCUCAUCUGCCUGCUGCCUCUUCCCAGGCAGCGCGACAUCCGCAUCGGAAUCUGUGCUUGUCAUUUGCAUUGGCUUUUUGGUGCUGCCGUUUCUUCCCGCCUGCAAUUUGUUCUUCCACGUGGGCUUUGUGCUCGCAGAGCGUCUGCUGUACCUGCCCAGCGUGGGCUACUGCCUGCUUCUUGGCCUUGGCUUUGGCAAGCUUUGGCAGCGUCUUAACGGCUCUGCCCACAGACUGUUGCUGCUAAUCUGCCUUGGAAUACUGCUGGUCACCUUUGGCCUGCGCACCGUGCAACGCAACCGCGAUUGGCACAAUGAGGAGCAGCUUUUCCGCAGCGCUGUGGCCAUCAAUCCACCCAAAGCGCUUGGCAAUCUGGGCAGCGUCUUGAGCACCCAGGGACGCUACGAGGAGGCCAGGCUGGCACUAGAGUCGGCCAUUGCAUACCGCCCAAAUAUGGCAGAUGCGCACUUUAAUCUGGGCAUCGUGCAUCAACAGCAGCAAAACUACAGCGCCGCUCUGCCAUGCUACCGUAGGGCCAUAGAGCUACGCCCACAGCUGGCGCUGGCAUAUCUAAAUCUGGCCACAUCGCUCUUGGCCUGGGACAAGGACCGACACGAGGAGGCCGGCGCGAUGCUGCUGGCGGGCGCCAGGCUGCCGGGGCAUGGGGUGCGCGAUCGCAACGCGCACGAGGAGGCGCGAUACAGCGCCUACCUUCAAUUAAGUGCGCUGCAUCGCUCGCGGGGCAGACACCAACAAGCUGUGGAGGUGCUUAACGAGGCGCUGGCAGCGUUGUCCAUGGACAAGCGGAAGCAACGCGCGGUGCUGCAUCAACGCCUGGCGGCAGUGCAUGUCGAGCUGGAGCAGUGGCCGGAGGCCGAGGAGCAACAGCGAUUGGCGCUGCAGCUGCAGCCCGAGGAGGGUGUCGCAUAUGUGUCUUACGGCCAGGCGCUGGCCAGGAAUUGCAGUCGCUAUGCGGAAGCGGAACUGUGGUUCAAACGCGCUGUGGAACUGUCACCCUUGGAGCCCAGCACGCAUCACCAUUACGCUGACUUCCUGGAGCAACAGCAGCGCCCGCAAGAGGCGCUUGGAUAUCGACUGCGUGCCGCUGCUCUGGCGCCUCACAAUUAUGCCCUGCAAUCAGCCGUCGCUGAUGCAAUGCGUCUGCUCAAUCGCCUCGCCGAGGCGGAGUUGUGGUACCGUCAGGCAGCUGCUCUGCAUCCGCAGGCGGCGCACGCACACGCCAAUCUUGGCGCCAUUCUGCAAAUGCGCGGCCAACGGCAGCAGGCGGUAGAGUGUUACCGCAGGGCGCUGCAACUGCAGCCGGGGCAUGCCACAAGUCGCGCUAAUCUAGCCAAAAUGAAUGUCAACAUCGAUGCAAGCACGUAGCAGCGGCUCAUGCCGAGGCUCUAUAAGUACUAGAAAUAAUCGGUAAUACUUCAGAUUUGCCAAUCAACAAGAAAGGAUAAAAGCUAAACGGGAAACUAACAAACAUAAGAACAUACGAUAGAUAGACUAUAUUUAAUUAAUUAUAUAUAUAUAUAUAUAUAUUUAACUAAACAUGAAUGUUAUC